UGUUGACGGACGCUAGACAACCUUGGGCAUCACAUACAUUUAGACCAGGUCAAAAAAAGUCUUAUAGAAAAAAAUCUUUAAACUCAAGAGAUGAAAAUUCUGCCGUCGUAUCAAGUAAAUUAUGUGAUCCAAAUGUAAAACAGUAUUCAGGAUAUCUCGAUAAAUCAGGCGACGAAAAUAUAUUCUUUUGGUUUUUCGAAUCGCGCAAAGAUCAAGAUUCAGUUCCAAUAACAAUAUGGCUCAAUGGAGGCCCAGGUUGUUCGUCAAUGAUCGGUCUUUUCCAGGAAUUAGGUCCAUGUCGAUCAAUUAAUAAUGGAACAUCGGUAGAACCAAAUUCGCAUAGUUGGAAUGAAGUCUCUCAUUUAUUGUUUAUCGAUCAGCCAUUUGGUGUUGGAUUCUCUUAUGGUGACACCACGAAAAUUAAUUCAACAGAGCAUGCUUCUUCAAACUUAUACACGUUUUUGCAACGCUUCUUUGAUCGUUUUCCUGAAUAUGCGAACCUUGAUUUGCAUCUCUUUGGUGAAUCUUUUGGCGGACGUUAUGUUCCAACUAUAGCAAGAAUCAUAUACAAUAAAAACAAAGAAAUAAUCGCCGGUAAAAACGAUGAUACUAUUAUAAACUUAAAAUCAAUAGGAAUUGGAAAUGGAUGGAUUCACCCAAUAAUACAAUAUCCCGCAUAUGCCAAUUUCGCUUGUGAUAUGGAUCUAAGAAAAUGCGUUGAAACACGAAAACCAGCUGACUGUAGUGCAGCUGAUAACUUUUGCUUGCAUCACAUCUACGAUGUAUUCUAUAACACCUCUGGUCUAAAUAACUACGAUAUGCGCGUUUCGAAUCUCACUUUAUACCCACCAUCAGAUUAUCAAGGUUACUUGAAUCAGUCUCAUGUCAUCAAACAAAUUGGCGCAAGAAAAUCAUAUGAAGAAUGUUCAAAUUCAGUUUUUGAUAGCUUUGCUAUCAAUGGAGAAAACGCAUUAAGUUCCGCCGAGGAUAUAGA